ACUGACCUACUUUAAACGUGACUAAUAGGAAAUUUGUCCUAAAUAGCAACCAUAAGCUGUUUUUUAAAUGAGGACACCAUAUUUCACCAGUGUGACAGGCGAUAAAACACAGUCAGUAUGCUGUUAAACGGCUUCACACUGAACAAUGACUCAGUAUAAGCGGUUUUAUGCAGAGAUUCGUUCCUACAGCCUCCACGCCCACUAAACCAAAGAAACUGGCGACACUUGUAUUGGUCCUCAAAGAAGUUAAAAAGGAAAUAAAAUGCGUGAAAACAUCAGCUCGCGGUUUGUUUUGGACGUUAUGAAGCUGGAGUCGUUCGUGAACCGUCCUCCAUCCGGAUUUACCGUGGAGCGGCGCUCGGGCUGCAGACUCCUGAAGUGGGAUCCGGAGAAAAGCUGCGUCUUCAUCGAUGACAUCCAUUCUAGAGAGGGAAAAGUGAUUUUCUACAAUUCCCCAGGAAGGAAAAUCACAGUACGUACUUUGGGAGAGUACACGGAUUUAAGACGACAACUGACCUUAAAGACGAUUUACAUACUAGUGUUUGCUUAUGACAACACUAAAGGCCAAGAGAAGAGCAAUGGAGAUGUUCUAGCUGCUGAAUAUUACGUGUUGGCGAUAAACGGCAGUCAUCCAAUGAUCAGAUGGGAGAUGGAGAGAGGCUUGGACAAGACCAUUUCAUCCGUCGCUGGAGAGAGCUAUACAGUUGACGUUGAUGUUAGUGCAGCGCUGCAGGGAUGGAUGAGGGAGAACUCUCAAGCUCUUGCUGAUCUGAAAAAGGUGGAACGAACCUGGAAAGACACACACUUCACCAUCAAGUACCGCUCUGAUGCCCUUUUUGACUUUCCCUACUGGUUUGGCUUCAGCAAACGACAGUUCAAGGUCUCCUACCAUGGAAGAUGAUAUCAACACAAUUUAAGACAGAAAAUGUUGACUUAAAGGAUUAGUUCACCCCAAAAUUUUCUCAACCUUAAGCCAUUCUCUGGGUAUAUGACUUUCUUCUUUCAGACAAAAACAGUUGGAGAAGUUUUACAUUUUAUUCAGGCUUUUUCAUGCUGUAUAAUGAUGUUGGCUGGUGGCUCUUUUUAAAGCCUUUUAUAAGCAUACAAAAGCAUUACUUCACAUUACAAUUAUACAAAGACAUGUGUGCCAAGCCCCCGAUGGCACAUUCACUGCUUACUAAUAAAGUAACAGCGCCAAAUACUGGCCUGGCAAGCAUAAUACAAGGAGAUCGUUUUGAAAACACUGUCAAGUAGAUGGCGUAUGGAUUAGUUUUACGAUGCAUUUAUUCGGCUGGCGGAGCGCACAAUUUUUUUUGUGACUCGAGCGAACAGUGCAUGCGGCGCCGCGUUUGAUUUGAGUUGAAUAUGAAACACUCUGAAGAGAUUUUGUCUGAAACAGUACCACUGUACAGACAUCUGUAUGAUCAGUGAUCAGAGUAAUCAUAUGACCAAUAAUUCUCGACUAGAAAUUGCAACAGCCGUGGGAAAGGAGGACAGUUUUUGUAAAAGUUUGGAAAAACCUGAGGGAUUCGUUUGAUAAAGUAAAAAGAGGCCAUGGCAAAAGUGGAGACUCGAGUACACAAUUACAGAAAUAUGUUUUUCCACUAUCCACAGGUGAUGUAAGUAUUAAAAUUGUGAAUUUAAAACAGUUUAAUAGUUACAAGACUAUAAUUAAGGAACAAAUCAUUUCUUUGAUAACUGGAAAAUAAUAUUUUGAACAUAUCAGUUUACAAUAUACUGAUGCCCUGUUUUUCUGGGCUUUAUUGGUGAUAAUGAUCAGGAGUUCAUUCAUUCAUUAAU